ACACACACACACACACACACACACACACACACACACACACACACACACACACACACACACACACACACACACACACACACACACACACCAUCCUCUUUACUCUCGAUGAUGCAUUGGUCCCUUCAACUGUUAAUCCAGCUGGCUUGUGCCUCAGAGUAUUGUUGUACUUUUUCAAUCUGAUGAAUUCCCAACGGAUGGAAGACAACAUUCCGUUUUAAAGCAGUGACUUUCCCCUCUUUGGACUUCCAGCGAGUUGGAGCUUCAGUCUUGCUCAGAGGUGGUGCAGGGCUGCACGGGGCUCUCCUGAACCAAACGAUGAAGUCCCAUCCAGGAGCUACAACGGCGCUUCUGCCCAUCGCUCUCUGCCUCAGUUUGGUUCACAUGUGUUCUGGAGCGGCCAUUCCUAUUGCAUGUGGCUCCAUCUACAAGAGCUUUGCUCAGUGUUUGGUCACACUCGGGGACAGUUUAGGGGAUACACAGAAGGACCAGAACACACAGGACAUUAAUUCUAUCUGCAGGUCCUGGAACGAGUUUCACGUCUGCGCCAACUCGGCCCUGGCCGGCUGUCCGGGAGAGGCAGCAGCCAUCUGGGAAUCUCUGAGACAAGAAUCCAGGAAGACACAGUUUUCCGGGAACCUGUACGACAUGUGCGCCAGCCGCACCACCCUCCCCUCCAGCACCGUGAUUGCACCACAGAGCUCCCCGACCUCUGACCAGAUGAACCAGGAAACGCUAAAGGGGCAGACGCAGAAGAACGGCCCUGACACCACCUCACUGUUGUUCCCUGUGUUCAGUAUGCUGCUCCUCCUCCUUAGGAGUUAGAUAACAGAGACUCACCCAGCUAAAAGACUAACUCUCUGCUUACUUCAGCUUUCUUGUUUUAAAGCUGUUAUGGCGAAUCUGCAAACAAGCUAGGUUUCACGGAACACUAAUCUAAAGAUGAAGUGGUAGCAGCCGGCUGUUUCUCCUUCUCUGAUAUUGUUGAGCCGAGAACCUCUCACACCAGUGGUGUCCUGUUGCUAAAUACACAAGUGUGUUGUGAGUGGUGGACGCAGGGACGUGCGGUGGUUUGGUGAGACCAACAGCCAGAUGGAACAAUGGUUGCUUUUGGUCAGACGUGUGUAAUUGGUGGAGGUUUUUAGACAAAUGCAGGACAACCAAUUUAUUAUUAUUGUUUUUAAUCUCCACAAUAUAUUUAUUGCAGUACUAUGGUAGGAUGUUGUUAAGAGAAAAUUUGUUUUACGGUAAUUUGCCAUUGCAGCUUUAACUAGAGAUGCCACAAGUGUGUGUGUGUGUGUGUGUGUGUGUGUGAGUUGUUAUUAACGUAAAUGUUUUUGUACUCUUGCACAUGACAUCUUGACCCAAAAUAGAUUUUCUGGUUGAAUAUAUUAAAGCAAUAAAUCUUUCACCUGACAGCUGAUCUGUUUGUGUGUUAGGUGGAGUAGAUGUAUCUCAGUGACAUCCCCCUGAAUCAGUACCUUGACCAAAACAGUUUGGAGUAGAGAGUCACUGGCAAUGCACGGGCCGGCGCGUGUCACUCAGAAACUCCACUCCAAUUGUUGGUUCGUAUCAAUGCAGAAUAAAAGAACAGAAUAGAAAAAGAUUGAAAAGAUAGAAUAAAGAAGAAACGAGAAAGACAGAAUAGAGAAUACAGAAAAAAAGAAAGAAAAAGAAGAAAGAAACAGGGAUAGAAAAGAACUUGAGAAGGAACAGGUAACAGAUGCGGCGUCCUCGUGUGACGCUCAACCACACCUGAGCCGGUCUAGGCUAAACCUGUCUCCCCCAAUUCCCUCUCCUAAGUAUAGGAGAAGGAAUGGGAGACGAAAAGAGAUGAGCAGGCAGACAACGCUGGAAUGUAGAGUUUAUAGGUGAAAAGUACAGUGGGUAGAUGGCACAACCUAACCUCCAUAGUGUUAAACAUUAUUCCUAAAUCAAUACUAAUUGGCCACAAGGGGUCUAGAUUAAGAUUAGCGCUACAACUCAGGGUUAGCAUCUAAAAAGUAAGAUUGGUUAGGAUUGGAACUACACUUCAGGGUUAGGGGUUCAAAGGUGGAUAGGUGGCACUAACCAACCUCUAUAGUUUAAAGCAUUAUUCUCAACACUAAUCACUCAGGGUGAAACAAUUUCAACGAUUGAACGAAGUGGUUCUGUGUAUCCUACAUUUACUAAACUCAGUCCAUCACUUGUUGUUAUUGGUUUGCUGCUGAUAUGCCUGAAAUCAUCAAUGGUGGUUUAAAAAAAAUGGUUAUUGAAGAUUUCCUCAAAGCUUUUCUAAGAAUUUAGACUUUUAUUUUUACAUUUUUCUAAGGUCCAGACUAUUUCCAGAUUAAUGUUUUUGAUGGUUUUCUAAACCACUUUAUUUAUGAUUCACUGAAGCUAAAUAUGUGCUGAGUGUCAACAAAAUCACAGAAAUAAGUUUCUUUUUAAGCUCGACUCUUCUUCUGUUGUCCCCCAUGGGUCCACUUUGGUCAAAACAGGACUACAUUGUGAUUUCUGCUUCAGGUGCACUCAUUCAGUCAUUCAUUCACUUGUGACAUCUUCUUCCUCUGAUGGUGACAGGAAGCUGAUGCUGAUCAGCAGCAGUCACUGGGUGGGAGGUGAGACAUUAUAGACUACAAAUGUGUGUUUUUAUGUAGGAGUCUGGAAUCCAAAAUUCUGAUUUCCAAAUAUUUGAAAAGCAGUAACUUCAUUUUCUUGGGUAGUUUGUCCAAUUAAAUUAAUUAUUAUUUACAAUAGAAAGAAAGCUGGAUUUAGAACAAUCCUCACAAAUUAAGACUUACUCUGACCGAAGCUAUUAAUUAUUUUAUGAACAAUGGAAACAGUAUGGUUGCUUGUGUCAGAUGUUGUCGGAUCAUGUGUCUGCGUGAGCGUGUGAGCACGUGUGCUACUUUAAAGUGGCAGUGUGUAGUUUCCUGCUGCUAGGGGGCAGUACAUACAUUUCAGGGUAGUUUUACACCAUGUCGCCAUGACUGCCGUUAGUUUAGAGAAACUUUACGGUAAAUCUUGUUUCCUGUGGAGCAGAAAGCAUGAAACCUCAAUGUGACUACUCAGACUUUGAUGGUCCUUCAGUUAAUUCCAUCGAGAGAAUGCUAAGCUGAUGCUAGUUUUCUGGUGUUGUACUCUCAGGAUCUGCUCGGGGUCCUGCAGCAAUACAACUCAGCCAAAAUAUAUUGUAUCUCUUUUUUGAUUCUGUUCUUUCACAUAGGUUUUGGAAAGAGUUUAGCAGUUUUAUUGUCACGUAAGUUAGUGUUUUUUACUGCCUAAAUGUUUUUGAACAUAACUUCCAUAAGUCGUACGUCCAGCCAAUCAUCUAGUUCAGUGUUUCUCAACCCUGGUACCUGUUCUGCAUGUUUUCUAUGUUGCCAUUUCCAGCAUCAUUGUUUCUCUGCUGCCACACACCUGACUUCAAUAAUUGAGUGAUUGACAGGCUUCUGCAGCACUUGAUGUCAUGCGAAGGAGGCAAUGCAAAUAUGUGUGUGCUGUAGCAGAGACAUGGAAAACAUGCAGGACAGGGGGGCACUGAGGACCAGGGUUGAGAAACACUAAUCUAGUGUGACGAUGCAGGAUCCUGAGCUGGCCAGAAGGAAACAUGGCGUCUAUAAUGGCAUCCCCCAAAGAUGCUAGACCUGCACCCUAUGUACUUUAGACCUGAUUUU